AGCCAUCGGUUGCCAUGUAAGGAGUAUGAGGCCCCCAUCUGCCCUUUCCGCGGAGCGGCGCCAUCUCGCAGUGAACCUUCAAGAUGACUAACACCAAGGGUAAAAGGCGCGGAACGCGAUACAUGUUCGCAAGGCCUUUCCGCAAGCAUGGACCUGUCCCCCUGUCUACCUAUUUCAGUAUAUACAAGAAGGGAGAUAUUGUUGACAUCAAGGGCACAGGUACUGUUCAGAAGGGCAUGCCUCACAAAUGUUAUCACGGGAAGACUGGAAGAGUUUAUAAUGUUACACAACAUGCUGUGGGCAUUAUUAUCAACAAGCAAGUCAAGGGCAAGAUCCUUGCCAAAAGAAUUAAUGUGCGUGUGGAGCACAUUAAACAUUCAAAAAGCAGAGACAGUUUUCUGCUUCGUGUGAAAGCAAAUGAACAGGCAAAGAAAGAGGCAAAGGAAAAGGGGACUUGGGUUGAUCUGAAGCGGAAGCCUGCUGAGCCCAGGAAGGCACACUUUGUGCGAACGAAGGCCAACAUGCCACAGCUGCUGGAGCCUAUUCCAUAUGAGUUCAUGGCAUAAUUGUUAUAAACUUGAAUAAAUGUCUAUCUCUCA